AUGGCCUUGCCAUGUUGCUCUCGCUCUCGUUCGUUCUCGCUCUGCAAUUGUUGCGCGUCUCGCACGCCUUUGGCCAAAACAUCCAUCCAGACGCAAGCUGUUCUCCCGACCUCGUGCCACGCUGUACACCUCCACAACUCUUGGCCACGUCCGUCUCCGUCUCGCAACUUGGUGCCGCGUAUUCGCCGCAAGAGCUUCUGUUUCCUUUCCCAACCGCCCGCCAUGUCGACCAUGCCUGCCACAGGAGGCCACAGCCACGCGUGCUGCAACAUUUCUCCUGUUGUGAGUAAAGGAUAUCAGGCCAAGGGUGUCUAUGAGGACAUUGGCGGCUACAGGACUUAUGUCACGGGCCCAACUGAUGCCACCAGAGCGAUUGUGGUCAUUUACGACAUCUUUGGCUAUUUCGAGCAGACCCUGCAAGGUUCGGAUAUCCUGGCGACGGGCGAUGGCGAGCACAAGUACAAGGUCUUGAUCCCCGACUGGUUCAAGGGCAGCCCGGCUGCCAUUGAGUGGUAUCCCCCGGACACUGCCGAAAAGAAGGAGAAGCUGGGCGAAUUCUUCGGAAAAUUCCCUCCCCCGGACAUUGCCGGCAAGAUUCCUGCCUAUGUCCAGGCUGUCAAGGACAAGUAUCCCGCUCUUGGCAAGUUUGGUAUUCUGGGUUAUUGCUGGGGCGGCAAGGUCGCUCUACUUUCUACCAAGGCCGAUAACAACCCGUUUGGGGCUGUUGCUGCUGCGCACCCGGCAAUGGUGGAUCCAAAGGAUGCCGAAGGUGUCAAUGUUCCCACGGCUUUGCUGGCCUCUGGCGAUGAGCCAGCCGAGGAUGUCAAGAAAUUUGAAGAGGCUCUCCGGGUACCGAAGCAUGUCGAGACAUUCAAGGACCAGAUCCACGGCUGGAUGGCUGCUCGCUCGAAUCUGAGCGAUGCUCGCGUGAAGGAGGAGUACGAGCGUGGUUACAAAACGCUGUUGACCUUUUUUGGCCAGCACCUAUAG